CCUUCUGACUUAUUCAUCUCUCACCUUCUUUAGGUCCUCUCCAUUUGUCCCAAGGACAUGAGAGCUGAUAUCUGUGUUCAUCUAAACCGGAAGGUUUUUAAUGAACAUCCUGCUUUUCGAUUGGCCAGCGAUGGGUGUCUGCGCGCCUUGGCAGUAGAGUUCCAAACCAUUCACUGUGCUCCUGGGGACCUCAUUUACCAUGCUGGAGAAAGUGUGGAUGCCCUCUGCUUUGUGGUGUCGGGAUCCUUGGAAGUCAUCCAGGAUGAUGAGGUGGUGGCUAUUUUAGGGAAGGGUGAUGUAUUUGGAGACAUCUUCUGGAAGGAAACCACCCUUGCCCAUGCAUGUGCAAAUGUCCGGGCCCUGACAUACUGUGACCUACACAUCAUCAAGCGGGAAGCCUUGCUCAAAGUCCUGGACUUUUAUACAGCUUUUGCAAACUCAUUCUCAAGAAAUCUCACUCUUACCUGCAAUCUGAGGAAACGGAUCAUCUUUCGUAAGAUCAGCGAUGUGAAGAAGGAGGAGGAGGAGCGCCUCCGGCAGAAGAAUGAGGUGACUCUCAGCAUCCCUGUGGACCACCCGGUCAGAAAGCUCUUCCAGAAGUUCAAGCAGCAGAAGGAGCUGCGCAAUCAGGGGUCAACACAGAGUGACCCCGAGAGGAACCAACUCCAGGUAGAAAGCCGCUCCUUACAGAAUGGAGCCUCCAUCACUGGCACCAGUGUGGUGACUGUGUCACAGAUUACUCCCAUUCAGACAUCUCUGGCCUAUGUGAAAACCAGCGAAUCACUUAAGCAGAACAACCGUGAUGCCAUGGAACUCAAGCCCAAUGGCGGUGCUGAUCAAAAAUGUCUCAAAGUCAACAGCCCAAUAAGAAUGAAGAAUGGAAAUGGGAAAGGGUGGCUGCGACUCAAGAAUAAUAUGGGAGCCCAUGAGGAGAAAAAGGAAGACUGGAAUAAUGUCACAAAAGCUGAGUCCAUGGGGCUAUUGUCCGAGGACCCCAAGAGCAGUGAUUCAGAGAACAGUGUGACCAAAAACCCAUUAAGGAAAACAGACUCUUGUGACAGUGGCAUUACAAAAAGUGACCUUCGUUUGGAUAAGGCUGGGGAGGCCCGAAGUCCACUAGAGCACAGUCCCAUUCAGGCUGAUGCCAAGCACCCCUUUUAUCCCAUCCCUGAGCAGGCCUUACAGACCACACUGCAGGAAGUCAAACAUGAACUCAAAGAGGACAUCCAGCUGCUCAGCUGCAGAAUGACUGCUCUAGAAAAGCAGGUGGCAGAAAUUUUAAAAAUACUGUCAGAGAAAAGUGUCCCCCAGUCCUCAUCACCCAAAUCCCAAAUGCCACUCCAAGUACCUCCCCAAAUACCAUGUCAGGAUAUUUUUAGUGUUUCAAGGCCUGAAUCACCUGAAUCUGACAAAGAUGAAAUUCACUUUUAAUAUAUAUACAUAUAUAUUUGUUAAUAUAUUAAAAACAGUAUAUACAUCUAUAUACAUGUGUAUAUACCGUAUAUACAUAUAUAUAUUUUCACUUGCUUUCAAUAUGAUAACAACGUGGAUUUUGAUAUGUAAAUAUUGCAUGUCCAGCUGGAUUCUGGCCUGCCAAAGAAGAUGAUUAUUAAACACAUAGAUAUUGCUUGUAUAUUAUGCAGUUGACUGCAUGCACACUUUACAUUUGUUUAUAAUCUCUAAUCUAUAAUAAAAGAGUAUGAUUUUUGUUACCCAAGGCAAUGUAAUAUUUGAAGAAUCAGGGUCCAACCUGCCAAUGUUGCCAUGACAAAUUUGAUCUCAGGCUGAGUAUGUAUAUCGAGCUAUCAUUUUCUCACUGUUCUGUUAAAAUUGUAGAUUAAUGCCAAGGAAGAGUUCGGUCUUUUAAACUAUUAGUACCACGUUAUGAUCUCUUUGCAUAGGAUAUUUUUCUGUAACUUAAGUGAGGUUCUUUUCCCCUGCAGGCAUUGUUUGCUCCAUUUAAAUGACUGUUUUGUUGCCUAAGUCAGAUAACAGUGUGGGAUAUUGAAAACUUUUUGCUAUGGGUUUUGUGCAUGAAUUACAUUUUUGCUCAACUAUACCUCUCCUUUUUUAACAUUAUACUUAGAUAGUAAUCAUUAGCUCUUCUGUAAGGAAAUCCCUACUCCAUCCUUCUUGGAGAACAGCUGCCAUCUUGUAGGCUGACAUUAUCAACAUCAUAAAUACUAAAUUAUUAAUGUAGCGUAUGUUAUUAUAGAAGCACUGCACCACAGGGUAUAAGGGCCUUUUGACAAUUCAUGUAAGAGAUGCUGAAUUUCCAAAGCUGAUGAAUGCUCUAAAUUUGUAUUUCCAAAACAUGUUCAAGAGUGACGUUGAAAGGUUUCUUAGCAAAUAAACAUACAAAAAAAAAAGCAUUUAAGUAAUCAUAUCAAAAUGCUAACUAUUGUGAUAUAAAAGAAAAAAGAAUGUAAACAGAUAAAUUUUUGUGGCAUAUCUGUAACUUAGAAGAAUGAAACACCAGUACAGAUUGUUGACACAUGAAUCUUAGUGCUUGUAGCGAUAACACAUGAAAUGUGGUAAGAAACAAACAAACCAAGUAGUAGAUAUUAAGUUGCUCGACUCAGAUAACUGCUUUUCUAUCAUUUUAUUGUGGUUACAGUUUUUGAAAGCUUUUUUUGCAUGCAGUUCUACUGCUGGAUUUCUCCUGAGUUGAUUCAACAAACUAUUGUGGCUCAGGCAGAUCCACUUAUGAAAGGGGGAUACUAAAGACUGAAUUGUAGUCUUUUGAAUUCAAAUCCUCUUUGUAGAAAGUGCCUAUUAUCAAGUUUUUCUAAAAAGUCACAAAGAGUUGUCCUGUAUAUAGCUAGUCCCUUAAAUGAUAUGGAUUGAGAAUAAAAUACACAUUCACUUGUAAGAACCCAUGAGAACUUAUUUCUUUUGACCAAAGUAUAUUUUAGGAAGUUGUUCAGAGAAGCGUACUUUUCAGUCAGUGCAUGCACAGCAUUUAACAUUGGGAGCAGGGGAGUUAGUGUUUGCACAAAGUUGAAAAAAUAUGCUAGUAGUUUAUAUAUUACUGGACUACCUGUACAUAUAUGUUAACAAUAUGCAAAAGUUGAUGGCAAAAUCGAAGGAGAUAUUUUGGUCUAUUAUACACAUUUUUAGGCGCUUUUCUAUCUCCCAGUAUCCCCAACCAAAGCCACUAGAACUGAAAGACACAUUAUCACAUUCAGACUCGCAAAGUGCAAAACAGUAAUUUAUAAAAACAGUUGCUAUUUUAGAAUUUCUAUUGAACUUCACAUGCCCACAAGAUGUGCCUCUAAUUUAGGAGUCUCAAAACAUAUGUGCCAUGGGCUACGUUUUCCUUUCUUUAUGCAUAUGACUUCCACUAACCAUAAUGGAAGUUUUCAGGGGAGCACAUUCUCCAUGUAAUGCUACAAUAUCUACCUACCACAAACACAACAAAAUGAAAUAAUUAUGGAGUAAGGUAUCUGCCUUGAAAUUGGGAUUUUUUUGCUUUCAUGGUAAGGAUGAUAUCUUUUUCUUGACCUCUGACAUUUAUUGAAUUUCAGGGUGUUUUUCUAUUUGUUUAAGCCAAGUUUGGCUUAAGCUUUUAAAGGUGAAUGUGUGAUUAAAAUAAAAACCUGAGUACAGAGGUUGUUAGUUUAACUUUAGCUGCUACUUCAAAAAUAACUGUUGGUAUAAAGCUAUAAAAGAAUGACUGUGAACAGCAUGAUAAUUUGAAGUUCUAAUUCAUGCCUUUACAUAUUAGUGGUACAAAUAUUUACUGUGUUUUGACAUUGAUGUAGAGUUUCACCUAAUCAACCGACAAUAUUAUUGUUCCUAUAUGCAAGAAACAUAAUGGUUUUGAAUUACUCCAGAUUGUUAAGAAGGAGGGAAAGUACCAAUUGUUUGUUUAUGGUGCAGUUAUCAUAGUGUUUUUUCAGCCACCUCUGUUCUCUGUGUGCAUGAUAUGAUGAGGUGCUGAAUUCACCCUGCUGUUUUCAGCAGGAAUGUGUGUAUUCAGCAAACAUUGUAUAUAGAGUAGUCUUUUAGGUUCCCAGAUUCUAUAAAUCUUAGCAGUUGAAUUUACUCAGAUUUGGAUGAAGGUUGAACACUUGCUUUAAUACAUGCAAUAAUGAUACAAUCAUGUUCUGUGUUGCCUCAGCUAGCACAUAGACAGUAGAUGCUCUUUUGGGGACCAGAUGACUGCAUGUUUUAUUCCUGCACUGUAUAGAGGCUCUUGGUGCAUCCAGAAUAAAAAUUUUAAUAUUUCUAAGUAAUGUAUUCAUAGGAGUAAAUGGAUAUGUAUUUGAAAUCCAAACAUUUUCCAAAGCAAUUUAUGCACCUUCAAUAUUUUUCUAUGAUGUUAUUAAUAAGUAAGAUCAGAUGCCGUAUCCUCGACAGGUGGUUGUAACAUGAUAGCAAAAGUCAAACGAGAAUGGAAAUGUGAGCAAUGCAUUAUAAUGGCAAGUUCUAUCAGUCUGUAUCAGGAUAUUGUUGCACUGAAUGUGAUCUAACAGAUGGAAGAGCUUAAGAUAAAAGGCAAAUAGGCACACAAAAGCUGGAUGACAAUACCAAAGCUAUAUGAAUGGUACUUAAAAUGGUUCAGGCAUAGUGGUAAAUACAGGCCCAUAUUUCAUUGUUAAAAUGGAAAAGUUUUAUGACACUAGUUGCAUCUCACAUUAAGUAUAGGACUAAAAAUAUCCUAAGUAUUUAUUACAAACAACUUUUUGCAUAGCAGAGAAAAACAAUUUGAAAAUUUGGGGUUUGAAAUUGCUCCUAGAAUAAAUGUGUACUUCUCUUGUACUCAACACUUUAAUAGAAAAAUUAGUUAUGACCACCAACUACAGUACCAUUAUCAAAAUUAACCUUAUUGGAGCCCAAAUGCAAAUCACAUCUUCCCUUCUGUUUAAGGACAUUUUGUUCAACCUGUGAGAUCUGGUCCAUUUUAAAUAACUAAAGCCAUUUGGAAUUUUUUUUUUAAAUAUUAGUCUUCAGAGCAGUGACUGUUUUGAAGUAUGCAGUGGCAGGUAUUUGUGAAAUUAUUCAUCAUAUUCCUAAUUAAUUCUACUAUCUUGUAUAAUUUUUACCUUUUAAGCAAUUUUCUCCGAGUUUAUUUUCCAAAAUUUCAUGUAGGUAAUGAGAACAUUUAUCUAAAAUGUGCAUAUCACACAUGGAUAACUUUCAAAUAUUAAUAUUUUAUAACCAUGUUAAUGUUGUACUAAAAUUUUUCUAUUAGGUUUAAAAGUAGUUCUCUUCUUAAUGGAAAGGGGGGAAAGACAAAAACAGUUUUUUGGAAAACGUCUUAAGAUUAGUAUCUGAGCUUUGUCUUGGAUUCUGAAUUUAGCUUUGCUACAAACUAGAAGUGUAAUUAUAGGCAAGUUCACUGUUUGUAGUGUACCGAAUACUACCAUUUCUCCACCAAUAAAUAAGAAAACAAAGAUAACA